AGGUAUUGCCAGCAAUUCGGGAACCCAAAACCUCUGUGCACCAGCGCUCUUGUGGUUACUACUGCGUCGUCGUGGGAUCAUCGAGCUCUUCCUCUCUCCGUCCAUGGCCGCCGACUCCCUCCCUCCUCUGAUCGCCGCACAGCUCAACCACCUCAUCUCAAACUCCCCUCACUCCAUCAAGGUCGAUCAGGUCCGCUCCGGUUGCAAGAAUGGUCUUUACUCCGAUCGCUUCACUCUUCUCAUCCCCUUCUGCCUUGAUUUCAUUAAAUGGGACUUCAUAUUCAAUGCUUUGUACCCCUCGGUGGCGCCGGACGUUGUGUUCUCCCCUGAUGAUGAUGAUUUUUGUCCUCUUGUUGGUGAGGAGGAUGAUGUCUCUGUUGCCCUGAAGAAUAGUUUAGUUGAUUGGAAUAGCAAAGACUCUACUAGGCUUCUGGAACUUGUUCAUAAGCUGAGGGAUGCUUAUGUGAAUUAUCAGCGGAAGCGAGUUGGGGAGCUUGAUGAUGCAAGGUUGAAGUUUGAGAUCAGCACGGUUUUCUCGAGGGAGGGGAUUGAAGUGUGUUUGGUCUCUGGACCUGACAAGCCAGAAGAGGUGAAAUUUUCUGUUCCUUUGCUGGAUACAUCCUUGAACCAGCUGGUCAUUGGAUGCCCUUGGAAAAAUGAGCAGAAGAUUUACUUACAGGUUAUCUUUCCCAUUAUCAGAUCAUAUUCCUCCACUCCUGCUGCUCCACGCUUGAAAUUGGUUUCUACUUCAGAGUUAAAAAGCUUAUUCUCCAUUGAGGAUGUUAAACUUCCUCCAUGGUUAGAUGGGAUGUGCAUGGCAGAAUAUCUCCCUGCUCUAGAAGACAAUCUUCAAAUGCAGGUUGUGGAAGCUGUUGCAUCAAUUGGUGCAAGAAGACGCUUUAUUGAGGCUUUAGCCCCUCUAUUUGGAAGGCCAUUGGAAGCUGAUCCGGUGUUUUGCAGGAAAGCUACUGUGGUGGCUGUAUCUGGUACUUUCAAUUUCUUGGUUUCUUUUUCCUUUUCUACUCAAUUUCCAAAGCAGCAACCUACAUUGGCCUUGCAAAGUUGUCAGCAUUUCACUUCUCAAGGUGUGCCCUUGAUGUCGUCUCCCAUAAAUGAUUACCCUUGGAGCCCUAGAUGGGAUACACCUCAAAUGGCUGAGCGCAUAUUUGAAUUCCUAAUUGAUGAAUGUUUGAACUUCAAGAAGCACUGUCAGGAUACUCAACAAGUUUAGAUUCUAAAAAGUGGUGUGGAUUUGGAGCUGGAGAAACAAUCUGAUCAUGUGUUUCAAGAGGAAUUUGUCUGAAAGGUGCAGCAUCUUAGUAACAAAUUGAGAUGGAUAAUUGUAAUAGUACAUCCAUCCUGCAGAAGUCUUAAUGGGAGUAAAAUGAUUUGGGGAAACAUAUGAGUGUGCAAAAUUAGAAGCAAAGCUAAAUGAGAAAAAGAAUCCCCAACUAAAUUCCUCCAAUCUCAUCUUCAAAGAUCUUAAUUCUAUUUAUUUACAUUUUAUUUUAUUUUAUUUUA